GCGAGAACACACGACGACGUGCAAUAGUACGGCAUGGAUCGGUUGUUGGUGCUGAAACGGUAAAAACGACGGCACAUACACAUACAAAUAUACCUGAACGUACAGUUAAUCAGUGUAAUAACCGCAAAUAAUGGACAAACUGCCCGAACGUCCGUUAUCGGCACGUUCCAUGCCGCUUACGGCCGCCGCCACGCAUAUUACACCAACACAACCGCAAGCAAACGCAGCGAAGUCCCCGUCGCGCCGCACUUCCGGCCAAUAUGUGUAUGAAACAUUGCCAUCACCACCACCAGAUCCACGUCAAACGGAUAAUAUUUUCCAAUUUCCAAUCAAAAGCAAAGAAGAGCUGCCAGCUGGCUACCACACGCUCUUCAAUUAUGUCGAAAGCGAGGAGGAAUUCUACAAAACACUCUACAAGAUCAUCGCCAACGAUUGUAAGGCGGCGCAUGAGGCGGCGAACAAGCAGCAACAGCAACAGCAACAACAACUACAACCACACACGCUGCAAUUGCAACAGCAGCAUCAACAACAACAAAAACAAGCGCCUUAUGAACGGCACGAUGUGGAGCCAACGCGCUGCGCCUACUGUCAACACAUGCGACAGGAGUGCACCCAAUUCAUCGAGCCGCUGCAGGGUCGCUUGGGCAGCAGCUUGGCGGCGCUGUUGGCAGCGCACGGCGCGGUGGAGCAACUAUCGCGCCUCUACGCAUUGUGGGAUAAAUAUAUCGAUGAGGCGGCGAAAUGGCGACGGCAGCGGGAGUGCCUCAAUUACGUGAAUCUACUUAACGAAAAGAUGCAGACUGCCAAAGAGGUGCGUAGUAGACGGCAACAACAAUUGCGCCAACAACAACAACAGCAGCAACAAAAACAAUAUUUGCAGCAACAGCACGAGCACGAGCAAGAGCAAUACUCCGAGACCGAGGCCGAUUUGGAGGAAUCGAUCGCGCUCGUCGAAUCCAUGUUAGGCGAAACGGCCACAACGCCAGCGCCCACCACACCGGCCCCUACAUCGCUCAGUUUUAGCAGUUUCAGCGCUUUCGGCGGCGGCGGCAGCAAUCCCUCAUCGAUAAAACGUGGCGCUCUCAAACAACAACGUGAGCGCAGCAAAUCAAUGAUGAUAGACGAUGUGGCAUGCACGUCUGCUGCAACAUUGGCUGUACGCUCGGACCAUGAGCGCGAUUCGAAAAGUUCCAGCGCAUUGCCGCAUAUGCUGCGCCGACAAAGUACCUACAGUGAGGGCAAAUCGAAGGUAUCGAAGUGGACGAAGGUCAAGGCGGCUUUCAAGUGGGAGCGCGCCAAUGUGCCAGCGCUGGCCGAAGGUGUUGGCAGCAGUGGUGUUAUUGUAUACAACGUAGUGCCCAAGGAACAUGCGGCUGCGAGUGUGGGUUUAACGCCCGUCAAUACUGAGGUGGCAAGAUAUUUGCGUGUGCCCUCGUUGCCCGGUACAGGUGGUGGCAGUUCGGCUGAUAGCAUCUUGAGCUCAUCGUCCGGACAUUUGUUGAGCGAGACUGGCACGCCGGGCACUAUCAGUUCGGCGAGUUCAAUGGACGACAUUGAUAGCAGUUGCCGCAGCACGCUGAGGAGAGACUCCACGAAGAGCGAUAGCCGCGUGAUUGAUGAUAAUGCAACGUCACUGUUGGAACAUGCAAAACCCGAUGACAUUGAAACGCUGAGCCGCUCUUCAAAAAGUGAUAGCAAUAUGAGAACGCUUAUGGCAAAGAAAUCUUCAUCGAUCAAAUCUUUACGUAGAAAUAAGAAUCUUCCCGACUUUGAGGUACUGCCAGAGAAUGUUGUUGCCGAUUUGAAAGGCACAACACAACGUCGCACGAAGCCACCACCUAGUCCUUUGAACCUUAACCUCAAGCAGGACCUUACCGAUUCGGAUUUUUCUUACUCACCCUACUCACUGAAAAGCCCCAAAGAUGGCACACAAUCAUUAAAUCGCGCGAAGAAAAUUGGUUCACCGGGUAAUUCGUCGGUGCCCAGCAGUCCUUCGCGUCAUUCGGAAUUCUUUUGUGAAUUCGAAAGUGAAGAUUUAUCGAGUGGUGACUUUUCCGAACCCACCACACCCAAUCAUUUGACAUCGCAUAAAUCGUAUAUCGAUGAGACAAAUGAAAUUAAUCAACGGUACCAGAUGUUACGCGCCAAAUUUGAUGUGGAAUUUGAGGCAAAACGUCGGGAAUGGGAUAAAAUGAAGAUGAACACUAAUGCGUGCAGAGCGAUAGCCUUAAUUACACCACCCAAACCGGAGGAGCAUCCACAGCAUCCAGUCUUCAACAACAAUCUGUCAGCCAAACUUCUGGAAGAAAAUCUCACACCCGAUUUUAAGAAGAAAUUGCGAAAAUGGCGUGUGAAAAAGCAAAUAUCAAUUGGCGGCACACAUCCGACACAAAUUUCGCCCACCUCACCGGUGCGUGAGGGGCCGGCCGAUGCAAAGCCCAAGAUUGAUUGGAAUCUUUGGAAGACAGGGCAAUUGAAAUUGGAGGGUCAAGGUUUAACACCGCUCCCUGAUCAAAAGGACUUACCAGAGGAUUUUCAAAAGAAAUUGGAACAAUGGAAUAAGCUGAAACAGAGCGGGAGUGGUGCAUGUCAUGUACCAGGCGGUCAAGAUUCCAUAAAACGUUCCAGUAAACUCACUGAUAGUAUAAAGAAAACUGUGGAGAGUAAGCCGCAUGAGAAAGAUAAGCUAGAAAAAUUAGCCAAACUCAAAGCGAUCGUGACCGAUCAUCCCGCCAAAGAGAUCGAAGUGAAGACCUCAGAGGGUGUCAUGAAAUUCGAGGGCAUUUCACGGAAGUUCACGCGUAAGCUGUAUGAAUGGGAGAAGGCACGUGGCAUUGGACCGGAGUCAUCGACAUUCGCACUAUUGCAUCCAGGCUAUCGUCCAAUUGUAGUAGAUCGCAUCACGAAGGAGUCUAACGCAAACGACAACACCCCCACACUUGGACGUUCAUUUUCAUUGGAUAGCAUUGCGCAAAAUAAUGCCACACUACCAGCGAUCUCGCAGCAAGCUUCCAGUUUGUCGCUGAAUGAUGUGAAUGAUCUGAAGGAGAUGGAUAAUCAUUGCAGUUCGGAUGUGAUUGACGAGCAUGAGUACAAGAAAUACGAAGAACCCGAAGCGGUUAUGGUCGAAGUUGAGGAUCACAUCGAGGAGACCGCAUCACCGCUGGUGACCGCACAUACAUUUGUGGAGCAACAGACACCCAUUUAUAAAUACGAAGAAGGCGCUUGCAGUGAUUAUUGCAACACGCGGCGAGUUCAAAGUUUUGAAUCACACACCAAUUUGGCACCACUACUCUCCGUGCUCCAGCGUACUGAAGAGAACUUCGCUAAGCUCAAGUCUUCUUCCGCAGAAUUGUGUCAGAACGCCGAAUUGCGGCAGUGUGAGACGAUGCUUACCUACAUACGCAACAUCUAUCCGUAUUAUUCAGAUAAUCUGAUGAAGCCGAACGUUUUGAAUGCUAUAUCGGACGUACAAAGCGAAUUAAGCAGAAUUAGCGACCUGUGCGAAAAGUACCCGCUAGAUGAGGCUUGUUGCCAGGAAAUAAUGGAGGAGCGCAAUAACGAAUAUAACGAGGAGUUGAAGGGCCUAAACGAAUCAUUGUCGUUGUUAAGGCGAAGUAUACAUGCCGGUUCAACUCCUUACCCACGAGAUAUCGUGCCGGAUAUUAGUAUCACCACAGUGGACGUACAAAAUAUGGCUACAAGCGACACAAUGAAGGAUCACAUUUCAACCACACUGGAGGCAACGGAUGAAUGGAGUGCUUCACACCCGGAAAAUGAUGAUACCGACAUACCCAAACUAACACAGCGUACACAAUACGCUAACGGUAAUGGCGGCAAUGGCGUGGUUAGUAAAAAGAAAUUACGGCUGCGUAAAACAGGUUCGCGACAGAACAGUAAAACCGAGAGCGAUAGCAGUGACGCGGAUACGCACAGUGUGUUAGAGACACCACGACGCAUAAAGCGUAAGAAUUUUCGUCUUAAACAGCGCUCAUUCGACGAUGAUUACCGCCGAAAUGAAGAGACUGGUGGCGAUGAUGUUGUCUACGUGUUGAAGGUGAAACCGGGACAUCCUAUUGAGCAAUGCGAGAAUGUAGUGGGCAUGGAACGCUGUUUUUCCGAAACUAACACUUUCCGACCGAAAAGUGGCAGCGAAAAGUGUCUGGUAGCCAACGCAACAGUGAUACCGAGACGACCACUAGUCGUUGAUGAGAAUGAUAUGUCAGAUAAUGUGAAUUUUAACCAAAAUGAAAAUGUUUUUGUGAAAACCAAACGAAAAUUAUUCACUGCAGUCCCUGAGCCAAAUGCAAUCGGUGGUAUCACGGUAAUUGAACGAGAACUCAUUACAACGCCAACUGAGGAAGGAGAAGCGCCGACCGAAGCAUCAUUGUCAGAGGCAGAGCCCACGACGCUGGAGGCUGCGGACUUAGUUGACUCUGAAACACCGACGGAAGUUGGUAGUCUAACACCCAAGCGUUCCAAUUCGACUUGCAGGUCUCUGAGUCAGGGCGAUGUGCGUCGCGGUGAGUAUGAUUACGAGGAUGAGCGCAAAUGUCAUAGCGCCGAAAAACUCGUAACAGCAGCUGAAAAACAAUCUAAGGACGCGCGUCCACCACUUGCGUCUGACAGUUUUCGCGUUAUCAACAAAAGCUGUGCUAGCCUCAUGCGCGAAUCGGCAAGUCCGGCAAAGUUUGGUUCGUUUGUCGCAAAUCCUGCUGGUAGCAGUCCCACAGAGGUGCGUAAAGAGCACCGUUUCAAAAAGAAUACCGAAAAGUCACAUUAUUACAUACCUUUCUCGAAAUCGCAAAGUGGCACAAUCAAGAAAAUUGAGACGAAAAUUGCCAAAACGCAUUCGGGCACCUCUAUCGGUGAGGUUUCACCACAAGUUUACGCCGCCGAUAGGUUUGACAAUACAUUACCGCGCAUUGCACGCAAACUCGAACGCAAAUCGUUGACACCCACUAGCAUGCAGCCACUGCAUUUUGACUUCCCUGCACCGCACAGUUCUGAGCCCACAACACCGUUACAUCUGAUAACACAAGAUACUCCCCGUACACCACUUUCCGAACGCGCAUUGCGUCUGCAGAAAGCAAAGGAGGAGUUUCUGCAGGGCAACGGCGCACAUCUCCAUGCCGAAACACCCGAACCGCAAGUGAAACGACGCGACGAUAUUGUACGCAAUGAAACGUGGGAGCAAUACCGUCGUAGUGACUAUAGCAUGAGUUCAGCGGCGGGCGAAGAAGCCAAUUUACCAAAGAGUUUCAGCGUGGGCACUAUUACCGGAGACUCUUAUACCGAAACACCAACACACUCGGACACUGGCACUGAUCUGGACAGCAGUGUGUACGAUUCCUUGCCACGUUCAGUCAGUCGUUCGGGCAAAAUAUCCAGCAAGCUUGGUUUUGCCACACUCGCCUCGAAAUUCCGACGUGGCAAGGGCGUCAAGAAGGGCAAAGACGCACCCAAACCAGAACCCGAACCAGCGAGCGGUAAUAGAGCACUAUCGGCGUUAUGCCGCCAGACAUUGAUGGCCGAUGUCAUAGCCGUGCCACAAUUGGCUAAGCAGAGCACGCAUGAGAGUGUUCAGAAGUCACAGUCUUCACCGCAAGCCGGUAGGGGUUACAACAGCGCCAGUGGUAGCCGCCAAAGCUCUAUUUACGAUGCGGCUGGCGUUCGACCACAAUUGGAGCCAUUAAAUAAAUCACAAAGUGAACAAUAUGUAAGACGUCACAAAGAGAGCAUUGUCUAGUCAAUAACCCACAUGAAUGUCCAUGGAACCAAACAUGAUUUAAAUUCAAUUUUUUGUUAAUUUAUACAAUUAUACAUAUAUACAGUAUAUAUUUAAUUUUAUUUUUGUGUGUAAGCUACGAUUGUAUUGAGAUUAUUUGGAGAUUUUUAUUUGCACUAUAUUAAUCAAUGUAUCCGACGGAUACAAAAGCGAAUGUGAACAAAACUUGUAAUAUAUAGAGAUUUUUAUAUGUAUGUAUGUGUUAAGAAA